AUGAAAUUCAUAAUAUUUAUUACCCUUCUGAUAUGUACAUUAGGUUAACAACCAGAAUUUCUAUAAUAAAUAGCAUCAAAUAGUUUUGGUCGUCAAAUAUUAUAGACAAUUUAACUUGAAUUAACAUAAGAGUAAAUGUGUUUAUUUAAAUUUAAUUAGAAAUGCUGCAAGAUAAAUAUAUACAAUGUUGAACAAGUUAUUCUAUGAUUUAAGAGAUGAAGAUGCUAGAUCAAGUAAAGCUAAUGGUGAAAGGUAGGCUUAAUGUGCUGAUCAGUUUUAAUAAAUAAAUUCAAUAUAAGAAAAAGCUGUUGUUGCAAAAGCUGAUUAUGAAAGAUAAAUUCCAGGAAAAUAAGAAGAAUUAUUCAAUAAAUUAACAUAAGUUGAAUAGAAGAAUGCUGAAAUUUAAAGAAAUGAUUAAUUAUAAUUAAAUUUCUCUGAAUAAAGAAGAAAAGACCAUUAAUUAUAUGAAUAAAAAAGAGAUGAAUUAAUUGGUUUAAUAAAUGGAUUAAAAUAAGCAUAAUAAAUAAUUAGAUAACUUUAAACACCUCAUCCAGGUGGUGCAUUGGUUUAAUUAAAAGAUCAUCAUGAAUAAUUAUGUAAUAUAUAUAAUAAUAAAUCAAUAAUAGUGAAGAACUAUGCUUAGAAUUCGGAAUUUAAGAGUAUAACUUCAUUACUUAUGGAAUUAUGUUCCGAUUCUAAAAUACAUACAGAUAAUGAUAAUGUAUAAGUAAUUGUAGAUAUAAUCAAUGAUUUGAUUGAAAGUAUCUAUGAUGUUUAAAAGAGAGAAAUGUAUGCUGAAGAUUGGGCAGAGAAGUUCUUCUAAUAAGAUUUGUAUAUAUAUUAUAUAGAUAUAUAUUAGAAUUCGUCUCUAAAAAGAAAAUGUUAGAUUAUCAGGUUAAAUAGCAGAUGAUUAAGCAGCUGCUGAAUUUGCUUAAUAAAGAUUAGAGGAUCUUUAAUAAUAAGCCCUUCUUUAAUAAAUCAUUUUUGAUAACAAAGAUAUAGAAAGAAAAUCAUUUGAAGUAGCUUGCAAAGAAGACAAUAACGCAGCUGAAUAAUCUAGAGUUUCUAGAAAUGAAUAAAUCUAGAUUGUACUUUAAUUGUUGGAACUAUUUGAAAACAAUUUUAAUGAUAGAACUAGAGCAGCUCUUUUAGAAAUUAUUGUCUGAUCAAAUAAUAAUUAUACAAUCAGA